CUGCCGUGGUAAUCGGCAGGUACACACAUCACUGUAGUCGUCACUCAUCGCCGGUCCGUCCACUAGUACGCAAUACGUUUUGUCUUAACAUCAUAUUAUUAUUUUUGAAAUACAAGACUGUCACGCAAUGAAGUACGCAAAAUUGAGUUCCGGUGGAAACAUGCCGAUGGUCGGCUAUGGUACAUGGCAGGCCGUGGACAGUGUUUUGGAAUCAGCCUUAAAUGAAGCCCUGAAGUGUGGAUACAGGCACAUCGAUACGGCAACGGCUUACGAGAACGAACACGUCAUAGGAAAAGUUUUGAAAGAAUGGAUUACAUCUGGCAAAGUGACUAGAGACGAGUUAUUUAUCGUCACCAAGCUUCCCCCUUUCAAAAAUCGGCCUGAAGACUUGGAGGAAUGUUUAAAAAAAUCGCUAAAAGACUUGCAGUUGGACUACGUUGACAUGUACUUGAUACACACUCCGUUCAGCGUGAUCGCGGGAAAAUCGUCCGUCUUAAGCGACAUGGAAAUUGAUGUUACCACUGAUCACUUGGCGACCUGGAAGAUGAUGGAGAAACAGGUGACUGAUGGCCGAGCAAAGGCGAUCGGCUUGUCGAACUUCAACAUUCGUCAAAUACAGAGGGUGCUAGACAAUUGUAAGAUCAAGCCUGAAAACUUGCAAGUAGAAAAUCAUCUAUACCUCCAACAACCUGAACUCGUAGAAUAUUGCAAAAGCAACGAUAUUAUUGUAACGGCGUAUUCGUGUUUAGGGGCAAAAGGCGGUCGAGAAUCUUUGGGAAUGAAUUGGACGAAGGAUUUGCCGGAAAUUAUGGAAAACGAAGUACUAUUGAACAUUGCGAAGAAACACAGCAAGACUCCGGCCCAAGUGUUGUUGCGAUUUAUUGUCCAGAAAGGUAUCGUGGUCAUACCAAAAAGUACCAAUCCACAGCGAUUGAUGUCAAAUAUAGAGAUUUUCGACUUUGAAUUGGACGAGCAAGACAUGGAAGCCUUGAUUGAUCAGGAUGCGGGAGAAGGAGGCCGUAUCGUACGACUUUUAUUCUUCAAAGGAAUCUUAGAUCAUCCAGAAUAUCCUUUUGAAAAAAGUGUUUGAGCACGAAUUUAAUUCAACGACAAAUACGACAGCCCACUAUUACACGCGAAUGAACCAAAUUCAAACUAUAUAAAGUAGCAUCUGAUGAUAUCCGAUUAUUUAAAUAUUUAUUGUAAGCCUAUGCCUUAAACUGCUAGGUUCACGUCGAUCAAUUUGUAUUUGUACCAAACUCUACAAAGAUUCCUUCGUCUAGACAUGUUACAAAAUAUCCAAAUGUAUGUAAUUCAUUUUUA